GGCAACAGCGGCGGGAAGAGACGCAAUGGCUGCUACCUCUGCUCCCACACGGAACGACGACGAGUCGCGCUCUUCGGCGCAGGAGAUUUUUGUGACGAUGCUUUCAUCUGCGCAUGAGCCAUUGAACUGGGGUGCCAGCUCUAGCGGCACCAGCGAAAAGAAAAAAAACGCGCGAGUGCACUGGUCCGAGUCAGAGACGUGGGCUCUCAUUCGGCUAUGGCAGGACAAUUUGGCGGAACUUCGGCGGCACAGAAGAAACUCCGGCGUCUACGAGACGAUCCGUGUAGGCCUGGAGAGACUGUCUAUCGUCAAGACGCGCAAGCAAGUCAGCGAUAAGAUAGACAAUCUGAACCAGACGUACAGGGCUAAAAAGAAAAGCCUGACAACUGGGUCAGGAAAGGUCUCCUGGCCCUUUUACUACGAUCUUCACAGUUUCUUGGGGAGCCUGCCCGUCAACGACCCAAGUCUCGUGAAUGACUCGCUCCCUGCGGAUGUUGUUGAGGAACCUGGAGACAGCCCUCACGAAGGGCCAGACGACGACAACGAGGUGGUGGACCUAAAGGAAGAACCCCUCGAGGAACGGCCAAAAAAAAAAAGGAAGUCCUCCAUGAAACAGGGGGACAUUCUCAUGCUGUUCAUUGAGGAGCAGAGGAAACAAAGGAAAGAGCUUUCCGAAGCUAGGGAGAGGGCCCACCAAGACCGGCAACGGCAGUUUUCGAUAAUGGAAGAGUCGAACCAGCUCCAGCGGGAUUUCCUGGAUUUCAUGAGGUCCCGGAAGGAAAAAUAA